GUAUAUAGUAGACCAGACUAACGCAAUAUGACAUGAUUGAACUUUACUUUUUGAAGAAAUUUAAAAACUUUCCUUUUCCCGUUUUCUUUACCCCAGUAAUAAUUUCCUUUCGAGUUAAAGUUUUCUUUUUUGGAAUAAAAAGUUCUUUUGCUGGUAGUAAUAUACAAAUCAAGCUUUUUCAGAGUUCGUCCACAUCAUUAAUUCAUUAUUAGUAAAUAUACUUUUUUAUUUUCUUUUCCUAAACUUUCUGCUGAAUUACCACUGGAAAAUUAACAAAUUUGAGAACAAAACCUCAAAAACUCCAGAUAGACAAGAUUUUGAUUUCUAUAAUCGAGAAAAACAAAUUGGGUUAUGUCACGCUUAUUAUUAUUAUUAAACAAUACUUAAGUAUCUUAGAUGUAUGAAUAGAAAUGUGAAAAAUAAGAAUUUGACUUUUUUAAAAAAAAAUCGCAUAUUGUUUCUCUAAACUCCCCAGCGUCGCGAAAACGUUUUGUUCCAGAGGGGGAGAAAGAGAAAGAAGCUCGACGACCAAACUUCCGAAGACUUAGAAGAUAAUUAAUCCUCUGUAAUCUCGUAUCCAAAGCUCUUCGAUCAACGAUCCCUUACUCCUCCUCCUCCCUCUUUCGUGAUCCUCAUCAAGAAAAAAAUCGUUUUUUUUUAUAAUUAUUUUGGGUUUAUGCGUUUGAACAAAAAAAAAAAAAGAUUUGACUUUUUUUUGAAAGAGCCUAGUAAUGAAGCGCAUUCUGGGUUGAUUCCUUUUGAGUAGAAGACAUUGAUUUUGUCAAAGUUAUUUACCUUCUUGUUUUUCUUUUUUAAAAAAAAGAAGAAAUUCCUUUUCUUUUUUUCCCUUUACUCCUUUCUCUAUCCUAUUCUGUAAAGAUUCUUAGAUUCUCCUCCAAAGUUUUGAAGCUAAAGGGGUUUCUUUUUAAGAUUCCCCUUGUUGUCUGCAGUUUCGUGAUUCGAUCGUUUCUUGUAUCCUCAAAUAGCGGAGAAGUAAUCGUGUUUUUAGAUUCUUUUUGGGGGUUUCGUAGAAGCAAGCAUACUGAGAUCUUCAUCUCUUCCAGGAUUUUCUCAAGAGAUCCUACAUUGAACUAUGAGCAGAUAGAGUUAUUAGGAAGAAGAGAGGUUACUAUGGGUUGGUUUAACAAGAUCUUCAAAGGCUCUACCCAAAGGUUCCGGCUUGGGAAUGACCAUGACCACAAUGGCUAUUACCAGAGUUAUCCACAUGAUGAGCCUAGUGCUGAUACUGAUCCUGAUCCUGAUCCUGAUGAAACUCAUACUCAGGAACCAUCUACCUCUGAGGAGGAUACAUCCGGCCAGGAAAACGAAGACAUAGAUCGUGCAAUCGCAUUGUCUCUUAUAGAAAACAGUCAAGGACAGACUAAUAAUACAUGCGCUGCCAACGCAGGGAAGUACGCAAUGGUGGAUGAAGAUGAGCAACUUGCUAGAGCCAUACAAGAGAGCAUGGUAGUUGGGAAUACACCGCGUCAGAAGCAUGGAAGUAGUUAUGAUAUUGGGAAUGCAUAUGGGGCUGGAGACGUUUACGGGAAUGGACAUAUGCAUGGAGGUGGAAAUGUAUAUGCCAAUGGAGAUAUUUAUUAUCCAAGACCUACUGCUUUCCCAAUGGAUUUCAGGAUUUGUGCUGGCUGCAAUAUGGAGAUUGGACAUGGAAGAUAUCUGAAUUGCUUGAAUGCACUAUGGCAUCCAGAAUGUUUUCGAUGUUAUGGCUGUAGGCACCCCAUUUCUGAGUACGAGUUCUCAACGUCUGGGAACUACCCUUUUCACAAAGCUUGUUAUAGGGAGAGAUACCAUCCAAAAUGUGAUGUCUGCAGCCUCUUUAUUCCAACAAACCAUGCUGGUCUUAUUGAAUAUAGGGCACAUCCUUUUUGGGUCCAGAAGUAUUGCCCUUCUCACGAACACGAUGCUACCCCAAGAUGUUGCAGUUGCGAAAGAAUGGAGCCACGCAAUACAGGAUAUGUUGAACUUAACGAUGGACGGAAACUUUGCCUUGAAUGUCUGGACUCAGCGGUGAUGGACACUUUUCAAUGCCAACCUCUGUAUCUGCAGAUACAAGAAUUCUACGAAGGUCUUUUCAUGAAGGUAGAGCAGGACGUUCCACUUCUUUUAGUUGAGAGGCAAGCACUCAACGAAGCCAGAGAAGGUGAAAAGAAUGGUCACUAUCACAUGCCAGAGACAAGAGGACUCUGCCUUUCAGAAGAGCAAACUGUUAGCACUGUAAGAAAGAGAUCGAAGCAUGGCACAGGAAACUGGGCUGGGAAUAUGAUUACAGAGCCUUACAAGUUGACACGUCAAUGCGAGGUUACUGCCAUUCUCAUCUUGUUUGGGCUCCCUAGGCUACUCACCGGUUCGAUUCUAGCUCAUGAGAUGAUGCACGCGUGGAUGCGGCUCAAGGGAUUCCGGACGCUGAGCCAAGACGUUGAAGAAGGAAUAUGUCAAGUGAUGGCUCAUAAGUGGUUGGAAGCAGAGUUAGCUGCUGGUUCAAGAAACAGCAAUGUUGCGUCAUCUUCAUCUUCUAGAGGAGUGAAGAAGGGACCAAGAUCGCAGUACGAGAGGAAGCUUGGUGAGUUUUUCAAGCACCAAAUCGAGUCUGAUGCUUCUCCGGUUUAUGGAGACGGGUUCAGGGCUGGGAGGUUAGCGGUUAACAAGUAUGGUUUGCCAAAAACACUUGAGCAUAUACAGAUGACCGGUAGAUUCCCGGUUUAAGAACUCAAAAGUCUUUUGCUUUUCGACUGUGGUACCCUUUUUUAUUUAUAGGAUCAUCAUAAUUCUUAUGUGAUUGAAUUAUAUAGUUGUAAUCAUUCCAUGAUUCUUUUGUAUCUCUAUUAUCAGAUUCAAAGAUGGCUCAUUCUAAA